AUGGCCUCAUACGAUUCCGAUUCCUCAGACGGCGAAUUCGAGGAGACAAAUGUGCUCCUGGGAUAUGCCUCUAAAGAAGCAGACGAAGACACUGUCAGCAAACUCGGAGGCCGUCCCGACUGGUUAGACGAGAAUGCUCCCAGCGCAGCCUACGCACGAUGCAAAGUCUGCAAGGAUUUUAUGGCUUUGAUCCUGCAGCUCAACGGCGAACUCCCCGAAAGAUUUCCUGAGCAUGAGCGACGAAUUUAUGUGUUCGCCUGUAGAAGACAAACUUGCCGGCGCAAAGAUGGCAGCAUCCGCGCACUGAGAGGUCUGCGGGUGUGGAAGGAGGAGGCAUCCAAAGAGUCCAACGAAGAGAAGAAAGCUGAGGAAGAAAAUCCAAAGAGCGACGGACCUGGAUUAGGAGAGGCUCUGUUUGGUUCCAAGGGAUUGGGAAGUGCUUCUGGCGCAAAUCCAUUCUCUAGCAAUGCGAACCCAUUCAGCUCUGGAUCUGCGAACCCAUUUUCCUCUUCGGCUUCACAGUCUGAACCUGCCAAACCUGCCUCUCCCGAGCCAGCAACAACAGCCCUCAGCAAAACAUUUGCAGAGUCUCUCAAUAUUAAGGAUACACCGGCAUCGCCACCCCAACCUUCAGAGCCUUGGCCCGCCGAAGAUGCUCAGGCCCAGCCGUAUCCUACUCUCUAUCUAGCUGACGCCGAUUUUGAAACUCUGGAACCUACAUCCACGAAUGUUCCCACCAACGCCCGUCUUGAAGAUGCCGAUGCCGCAGAACCUUCUAUACUGGAUCGCGAGGCUUUUGAGUCGAGCAUGGACGCUACGUUCCAGAAGUUUGCAGAUCGUCUGGCGCAGAACCCCGAGCAAGUUAUUCGUUAUGAGUUUGCAGGCACUCCCCUCUUAUACUCAAAAAAGGAUGCUGUUGGUGAGGCUGUGAACAAGGGUGCUAUCCCUCGGUGCCCCAACUGUACGGCGAGAAGAGUAUUUGAGGUACAGUUGACACCAAAUGCUAUUACAGAGCUUGAGGCAGACGACAUGAGCUUGGAGGGCAUGGAGUGGGGUACGAUAAUUGUUGGUGUGUGUGAGAAAGAUUGCUCGCCUCGAGGAACGCCAGUUGGAGAGGUUGGAUACCUUGAAGAAUGGGCUGGCGUACAAUGGGAGGAGCUGUCCAAGGGGAAAUAA